AUGUCCACUCAAACUGGUCGGGCGGCGAAAACCGUCGUCACGACCGACCAGAUGAAGGACCUCCAAAUGCGAGCAAAAGCCAUCAAGGAAGAGCGUCGGAAUAAUAUGGACGGGCGUCACUCGCAUCUCUUCGGGCUUGUCGCUCACGCCUUGGAAAAAACGGAGGAACAAAUCACAGAGAUCGCCAUCGCUGAUGAUCGCUGGCAUCUACUCGAGGAAUUUUUCAAGCAAGGCGGCUCCAGAAAACUUAUGUGGUAUUAUCAGGAGCCGAAAUUGGGCGAAAUUGGAUCGGCUAACAGAUCUGAUUCUCAGUCUGGUGUUCAAAAAUCAAUGGAACCAAAGUUAUUCCUUACGACCGGGCGCGAGGAGAUGCUUCGAGGAAAGUGCCUGCUCUUCAUGCGGCUGAACGCGGACAAGGCCCUCACGCCACGCAACAUGAAUGAGGCUUUGUUCACUCAACUUGAUGCGACCGGCAAAGGCGGAGUCCUCCAGGCGAUCUCCGAUUACCUGAAGAAAGUGAUGCUCCCACACCUUCGCGUUCAAAAAAGUUGGGGCAAAUUGGACGCAGUAGGUCGAGCCGGACAGAACAAGAUCAACCAGUUUCUGGAGUCGGUUGACAGAUUCAACCAGGGACUUGAAUCUGCGCAGCUAUCGAUUGCCAACGCUUUCAAGUUGGAAGAAGUGGACAUCGGAUACAACCUUGACGUUGCGCUAGAACAAGAGGGCGUUGGCUCACCAAUCGGCAAUUCUGAUUUUGCAGCCAAAUUGGAGCAGUUGAUGGGAGUAUGGUGCAAGCAAAUUGAGCUCGUGCUGACGGAAAGCGAGCAAAUGCGCAAAGAAGCGGAUGACAUCGGUCCUUCCGCCGAGCUGGAUCACUGGAAACAGCGAAUGACCAAGUUUAAUUCGUUGUUGACCGCGAUCUCAACCCGGCGAGUGAAACUCGUCUACGCCACUUUGGCAGAAAACAAGUCAAAGUUGUGCCCAGUGUGGAUGGAUUUGGACAGGCGCGUUUCCGACGUUGCCAACGAGGCACGAGACAACGUCAAGUACCUCUCAACGUUGGAUCAGUAUCUUGGGCCAUUGCAGACUUCUGAUCCGAUGGGAAUGAAAGAGCUCCUCCCUAACCUGAUCAAUUCAAUCAGGAUGAUCCACACCGUCUCCCGCUACUACAACACUUCCGAAAGGAUGACCUCUCUCUUUGUCAAAGUGACUAACCAAAUGAUCAAAUCUUGCAGGGCGUAUAUCAUGCAGGGAUCAAAUGGGAAGGUCUGGGAUCAAGAACAGGAUGAUUUGCUGGAGCGAAUUGACGGCUGCGUCGGUUUGAAGAAUGAGUACCAGACUCAAUUUGCAAAGGCAAAAGCAAAACUAAUGGACGAAUCUAAUAGGAUUCCUGGUAACCAAGAAAAACACUUCGAUUUUUCUGAAAAUUACAUCUUCGGAAAGCUUGAGAAUUUCUGCAACCGUCUGGAAUGCAUUAAGAAGGUUAUCGUUACUCUACGAGUGUUGAGCAAGCUGAAGGCUCUGAGAGUGGAUGGAAUCGACUCUAUCCUCAAAAACCUGGAAGCUUUUGAAUCAAAUAUCAAGAUGCGCCCUGGUGAGCUUGAUUAUAAACGCUCAGACUGGGAUAAUGGCUAUAAAGACUUUCUCGCGUCGAUCGGGAGAUUAGAGGCGGACCUGCAGUCCUUUAUCAAGGACUGGAUCGAGAAACCGGUUCCAACAACGAAGGUCUUGGAGAUUCUGGCCAUGUUUCAGCCGCUGUCUAAAGACAUCAACUUGAACAUGCAAGAAGCUUAUCAAGACAUGCUCAGGCGUUAUCUGAAGCAAGAUCUUAACGUUGCCCGCUCAGCCUACAACAAGCAAAAGACCGAUCCGCCGGCACCGAAGAACUUCCCACCUGUUGCGGCUAAAGUUGCUUGGGCUAGACAACUCUUUAAACGAAUCGACGAACCCAUGGCAGUAAUUCGGCCGCUGCAGGCUGAGUUCAAGAUACUUGAUACAAAAGACGGCAAGGCAUGCAUCAAGACAUACAAUCAAAUCGGCACCGCUCUAAUUGAAUACGAGACGAUGUAUCAUCAACUUUGGAUCGGAUCCGUCGCUUCUGCACGGGAAGGUCUGAAGGGUGCAAUCCUCAAUCGCUCUGGACCAGAAAAGGAAUACGAGGUCAGCUUCAACACCGAUAUUUAUAGACUUUGCAAAGAAGGUCGAUUUAUGAAGAAAAUCGGACUUACUGUUCCGCCCCAAAGUGACGAGCUCUUGAUCUCAGAAGAACGGUUGCGCGAAAAUCAUAUCAAUGUCAAUCUACUUAUUGAAAGAUUCGAAUCUACUUGUCGAAUGGUUUCGCCAGUGAUGAUGCCUUUUUUGAGAUUCUUCAUUAUUCGAAUGGAAAAUGCCCUACGACCCGGAGCGGCUUUGUUGACUUGGGAUUCCCUCAACGUUCCGAACUUUAUUCAAGAAAGUGGAAAAGUCAUUGCUGAGACAAGAGAACUCUUUGUGGCCGUCAAUGACAUUUUGGACUGCCGAAUCGAUACGAUGUUGAAAAAAAUUGAAAACACGCCGAUGAUUGAGUUGCCUGAGGAACCAGUUCGAGCGGAUAAGUUUGUAAGCUUAACAGCUGCUACCGUGGCCAAAGCGGAAGAAGUGUUUGUCCAAGCCAGUAAAAAUGCUGAAAGUUACGUGAAAGAACUCGUGGAACUACUAGAAUCGCAUUAUACAAAGGCGGAAAUGGACAAGCUCAGACACGUUGCGAAGACCGAACAUAAUCCCGAAUGGUACUAUAAUUUGACCGCUUACUUCUGCGCUAGAAACACAGAAGCGUUCGUUAGAUGCACUAGAAACUCCUUGGAUGGAUUGAAAAGACGACUUCAGCAAUCGAAAGUUCGAUACGGAGCAGAUGAAGGAGGGGAUGGUCAAUUGGAAAAGUUCCCACUUUUUAUUGCCGACAUCACAUUAGAAAUUCCGCAAGUGGUGUUUUCGCCGUCUUUAGAUGACAUCCAGCAAACCGUUAACAAAGUCGUUGAUAUGGUCUUAUCAGGAGGAAAGAAAGUGGUUCUUUGGGAGCACUUCGAGCUCGUGAAAAAACAUCAGGCUAUCGAACAGGAAGCUGCGAGAAAGCGCGGAGAAGAUAAAUUGAAGCAAAUUCUUGAACCAAAGCCCUUCGAUCGACAGCUUCGGGAGCAUAAAGAUGUGAUUAAAUCAGUUAUUCCUCUGAAUACCAUUAUUUCUUCCUUGAAAACAGACGCUGAAAACCUUCUUCGCGGCUUCAGCACAUUCCAGGAGCUCUGGGAAAUUGACCCUGCCGAGAAAGUUCGUCGAUUUGAGGACGAAAAGCCGCUUUAUUCCGACUAUGGCAAUCAAAUACGUCACUACGGAAUCCUCAGCAGCCGAAUCAGCGAAAUUCCGGAAUCACGAACACUUGGGCCGAUCAAAUUUGACACUGAUUUACUGAAUGUUUCGCUGACGCAAGAAUGCAAUAACUGGAAACGCGCGUUCGGAAAGGCCUUGGACAAAAAGGCAUCUGGAGAUAUGGACAAAAUAUUUGACAUCGUCGAGGACCAGAAAAAACGAUUGGGUCGAGAGAUCAAAGAUCUUGAUGAUAUUAGAAACUCGAUGGGGGCACUGCGUGAGCUUAGGGAGAACGAAGUUUGGAUUGAAAUGACCAUCGCGCCGAUCGAAGAAUCGUAUGGAAUCCUCAAUCGAAUGGAUUUGGUCUUCAAUGAAGGAAAUCAAGAAAGAGUCGACACAAUCGGCUACGCUUGGAAAAACACACAAGCUCAAGCAAAGAUGGUACAAGACAGUCUUGCCAAGAUCCAAGGCCCAUUCCAAGAAAAUCUCAUCCUAAGCGUUGAGAAAUUCCACCGAGAUACUUCCGAGUUUUACUCCGACUUUGACACUCAAGGACCCUUGGUGGAGGGGAUCAAGCCUUCCGAAGCCUCCGACAAAGUCACUGUCUUCCAAGGACGAUUCGACGAGCUCUGGCGUAAAUAUGUCACCUACAGCGGCGGAGAAGAGUUGUUCGGCAUGGAGGUCACUGAGUAUCCUGAAUUGCAAAGAAUCUCGAAGGAGCUCAAUUUGCUUCAGAAACUAUACGGCUUGUACAAUCAGGUUCUGAGCUCAGUCGACGGGUACUACGAAAUUCUCUGGUCCGAUCUCAACAUUGAUGAUAUAAACAAUCAGCUUCUUGAAUUCCAAGCUCGCUGCAGAAAGCUCCCUCCAGCACUGAAAACUUGGGAUGCUUACAAAGAACUUUCAAAGAAAAUCGACGAUUUCAACGAGUGCUGUCCUUUGCUCGAGGCAAUGAGCAACGAUGCUAUGCUGAGAAGACACUGGGAUCGAAUAGAAAUGGUGACAAAGUGUAAGUUCCCCGUUGAAGAAGACUCAUUUGCCCUCCGAGAUGUCAUGGAUGCGCCACUGCUGGAAAAUGGAGAAGAUAUCGAAGACAUCUGUAUCUCCGCUGGAAAAGAGCGAGAUAUUGAGUCGAAGCUAAAACAAAUAAUCGGCGAGUGGGAGAACCAAGAUCUCACUUUCUCUCAAUUCAAGACUCGAGGCGAACUUCUGUUCAAAGGAGCAGAUAUUUCCGAAAUCAUUGUCAAACUUGAAGAUUCUCUCAUGAUCCUCAGCUCCUUGCUCUCAAACCGUUACAACGCGCCAUUCAAGGCGAAGAUCCAAGAGUGGAAUCAAAAACUCUCCGGCUCUAUCGAAAUAAUUGAACAACUCCUUCAAGUUCAGAACCUCUGGGUUUACCUCGAAGCAGUCUUUGUUGGUGGAGAUAUUGCCAAACAACUGCCACAAGAAGCGAAAAGAUUCUCUAAUAUUGAUAAAUCAUGGCAAAAGAUCAUGCAGAAAGCGCACGAAACCACUAAUGUUGUCAAAUGUUGCAUGGGCGAUGACAUGUACUCACAGCUACUUCCGCAUCUGUUGGAGCAGCUCGAAAUCUGUCAGAAAUCGCUCACUGGAUAUUUGGAAGCAAAGCGACUUUUAUUCCCUCGUUUCUUUUUCGUUUCCGAUCCAGCUCUCCUGGAAAUUCUUGGUCAAGCAUCAAAUUGCCAUACAAUCCAGGAUCAUUUGCUCUCACUUUUUGAUAAUGUCAAAGAAGUGGUUUUCGAUACAAAAGUAUACGAAAAAGUCCUGGCAAUGCGUUCGCAGGAAGGAGAAGAGGUUGACAUGGUUACUCCAGUUAUUUGCACGGGAAAUGUAGAAACAUGGCUGAAUACUCUUAUGCAAACGGUCCACAAAACCGUCCACACGAUCGUGCGUCGGGCUUGGCAGAACCUUGGGGAUACUGGAUUUGAUCUUUUGCGAUUUGAAGACACUUUCUGCGCCCAGGUCGGUCUUCUUGGAAUCCAACUUUUGUGGACAAGAGAUGCCGAAAACGCGUUGAACGAGUGCCGCUACGACCGAGAGAUUAUGAAAAAGACAAACGACUAUUUCCUGGAGCUUUUGAACACGCUCAUCGAUAAGACGACCCAGGAACUCACAAAGCUCGAUCGUGUUAAAUUUGAAACGCUGAUUACAAUUCACGUCCAUCAGCGAGAUAUAUUCAACGAUAUGGUUCAAUUGAAGGUACGGACGCCUAAUGACUUCGAAUGGCAGAAGCAAUGCCGAUUUUACUACGAUGAGGAUUUCGACAAGUGUCGAAUAAGCGUCACAGACGUCGAUUUCACAUAUUGCGAUGAGUAUACCGGAUGUACAGAUCGCCUCGUUAUCACGCCGCUCACUGACAGAUGUUAUAUUACUCUUGCUCAAGCUUUAGGAAUGGAUCUUGGUGGUGCCCCCGCCGGCCCCGCUGGAACUGGAAAAACUGAGACCACAAAGGACAUGGGAAAAUGCCUUGGAAAGUACGUCGUUGUCUUCAAUUGCUCCGAUCAGAUGGAUUUCCGAGGCUUGGGAAGAAUUUACAAAGGACUUGCCCAAUCUGGCUCUUGGGGCUGCUUUGACGAGUUUAAUCGAAUCGAGCUCCCUGUCCUGUCUGUAGCAGCUCAGCAGAUCGCAAUUGUCCUUCAAUGCAAGAAAAUGAAAAAGACGCAGUUUAUCUUUUCGGACGGAGAUACAGUUCCGAUGAACCCGGAAUUCGGUCUUUUUAUCACUAUGAACCCUGGUUACGCCGGUAGACAGGAGCUUCCUGAAAACUUGAAGAUUAUGUUCCGUUCCUGCGCUAUGAUGGUCCCCGAUCGACAAAUCAUCAUGCGAGUCAAAUUGGCCUCCGCUGGUUUCCGGGAGAACCAGGAACUAUCCGGCAAGUUCUUUACGCUAUACAAACUCUGCGAAGAACAACUAUCAAAACAGGUUCACUACGAUUUCGGUCUCCGAAAUAUUCUCUCCGUACUCCGAACUCUUGGUGCUGAAAAGCGAAAGAAUCCAACCGAUCCAGAGAUAAAAACCGUUAUGCGCGUCUUGCGAGAUAUGAACAUGUCAAAACUAGUCGACGAAGAUGAGCCUCUCUUCUUGUCGCUCAUCGACGAUCUUUUCCCAAAUAUCGUUCUUGAAGUUGCUGGUUAUCCGAAACUUGAAGAAGCCAUUGCGUUGCAUACCGAAGAAGCUUUGCUCGAACUUUGGCCGCAAUGGAAGCUCAAGGUCAUUCAACUUUACGAGACCCAGCGGGUCCGUCAUGGAAUGAUGGUACUUGGUCCCUCCGGGGCUGGUAAAACAACAAAUAUCCACACUCUCAUGAAAGCCAUGGGAACAACAAACGAUCCUGGUCCCCACAAAGAAGUUAGAAUGAAUCCUAAAGCCAUUACAGCGCCACAAAUGUUCGGCACGCUUGAUGUCGCAACUAAUGACUGGACUGAUGGUAUCUUCUCCACACUUUGGCGACGAUCUUACAAGAAGAAGAAAGGAGAAAACAUGUGGUUGGUACUCGACGGUCCUGUAGAUGCAAUUUGGAUUGAAAACCUGAACUCUGUCCUUGAUGACAGUAAAACCCUGACACUUGCUAACGGUGAUCGUAUUCGAAUGGCGCCAAAUACCAAGAUCGUUUUUGAGCCGCAUAAUAUCGAUAAUGCUUCGCCAGCUACAGUAUCACGUAACGGUAUGGUAUUCAUGUCCAGCUCUUCUCUCACCUGGCAACCGAUCUUGGGUGCUUGGCUGAAAAAGAUUCCGAUGGCACAAGGCGAUUCACUCAGAACAAAAUUCGAAGUUAUCUGGGAGGAAACUCUUGUUUUCCUCAAACAAAGCUGUCUCCCAAAAAUGGACCUUCUUGAUUGCAUGUACAUUCGACAAGCCCUGGAUAUUCUCUUAGGUCUUCUACCAACUCAAACAGAGGAUUUCGCUAAAUUGAAAGACGCUCAUUUGAACAGUUACUUCAUUUUCGCCCUCAUGUGGUCGCUUGGGGCGCUUCUUGAACUUGAAGAUCGAGCAAAACUUGAAGCUUUCUGGCGAGAAAAUCAAUCCAUCAGCAAAAUGCUCCCCGUUAUCACUGGCGACCAGACAAUUUUCGAAUUCGUUCCAAGAAACGAUUCUGGAGAAUGGGAACCUUGGUCUGUUCGAGUUGAGAAAUACGACUAUCCGACAGAUUCAGUUCCUGAUUUCAACAAGAUUCUCAUCCCGAAUGUAGAUAAUGUUCGAACAGAUUUCCUUAUGGGCUUGAUCAUGAAACAAGAAAAGGCCGUCCUGCUUAUUGGUGAACAGGGUACUGCAAAAACAGUCAUGAUUCAGGGAUACAUGAGCAAGUAUAACAUCGAAGAACAUGUCACAAAAGCUCUCAAUUUCUCGUCAACAACCACUCCUGGUAUUUUCCAGCAAUCGAUCGAGUCAUACGUUGAAAAACGAGUGGGUACCACUUUUGGUCCCGCUGCUGGAAAGAAAAUGACAGUGUUCAUUGAUGAUAUCAAUAUGCCACACAUCAACGAGUGGGGCGAUCAAAUAACAAAUGAAAUUGUACGUCAACUCAUGGAGAACAAGGGCUUUUACAAUCUAGAAAAGCCCGGUGACAUGAUCAAAAUCGUUGAUCUGCAACUUGUGGCUGCGAUGAUUCAUCCUGGAAGAGGAAGAAACGACAUUCCUCAACGGCUUAAGCGACAGUUUAACAUCUUCAACUGUACUCUUCCCUCCAACAACUCAAUCGACCAGAUUUUCAAAACGAUCGGUACCGGGUACUUUUGCGGAGAACGCGGAUUUUCAGCCGAAGUCACUUCUAUGAUUGAGCCACUCGUUGGUAUCACUCGACAACUCUGGCAGAAAACAAAGAUCAAGAUGCUUCCGACUCCGGACAAGUUCCAUUACAUUUUCAACUUGCGUGAUCUUUCCAGAAUCUGGCAGGGUAUGCUUACAAUCAAAGCUGACGAAUGCAGCUCGAAAUCUGACAUUCUCUCUUUGUGGCGCCACGAAUGCACAAGAGUCAUUUCUGACAGAUUUGUUAGUCAAAAUGAUCGAGACUGGCUGGAUGAAACCGCCGAUGCUCUCAUAGGUGAGAAAUUUGGCGAGAGUUCAAUUGAACUGAUCCAAAAAGAUAAAUAUUUCGUCGACUUCAUGCGAGAAGCUCCUGAACCGACCGGAGAAGAACCCGACGACUUUGAUUUCUCCGCGCCUAAAGUUUACGAAGCAACCACGAUCCAACGACUGGGUGAGAAACUUCUCGAAUACCAAGAUGUGUACAACGAAUCGAUCAGAGGAGCAAACAUGAAUCUCGUCUUUUUUGAGGAUGCUAUUACUCACAUGGUCAAAAUUUCAAGAAUCAUAAGAACUCCUCGCGGUGCAGCAAUGCUUGUCGGUGUCGGCGGAUCAGGAAAACAGUCCCUUACUCGUCUUGCGUCGCACAUCUCAGGAUAUAAAACCUUCCAGAUUACUCUUUCAAAGUCCUACAAUGCUGGAAAUCUCCUCGAAGACCUUAAGAUCAUGUAUCUCUGGGCAGGUCGGGAUGGCCAGGGAGUAACGUUCCUCUUUACUGAUAAUGAAAUCAAGGAAGAGUCAUUCCUCGAAUAUUUAAACAACGUGAUUGCUACUGGUGAACUCUCAGGUCUAUUCCCAAAAGACGAAAUGGAUGCACUUCUGGGUGAAAUGAUUCCAAUCAUGAAGAAGGAAUUCCCAAGACAUCCACCAACGCAAGAAAAUCUUUACGAAUAUUUCAUUACUCGAGUCCGAUCAAAUCUCCACAUUGUGCUUUGUUUCUCCCCAGUCGGCGAGCAAUUUAGAACUCGAUCACUUAAAUUUCCAGGUUUGUUUUCAGGCUGCACAAUGGAUUGGUUCUUCCGAUGGCCAAAAGAAGCGCUCGUCCAGGUCGCCGGCUCGUUUAUGAAUGACAAAUCUUUCAAACUCGAAGCUACUGAAGAGACGAAGGUACAAUUGGUCGAUGUAAUGGGCCAAAUUCAAGAUAUGGUCUCAGAAAUCUGCGACCAGUACUUUGAACGAUUUAGACGAAGAUGCCACGUGACACCAAAAUCUUUUUUGAGUUUUCUCAGCGGCUACAAAGCACUCUAUGCUCAGAAAUUGGCGCACUUGUCCAAUCAGCGAGAUCGUAUGACAACAGGUCUGACAAAACUUGCUGAAGCCGAAGAUGUCGUCGGAGAGCUCUCAAUCGAGCUUGAGCAGAAAGAAAAAGACCUGGCUGUUGCUUCUGCAGAAGCCGAACUUGUUCUUAAAGAAGUUGAUAAGGAGAAAGAAGCUGCUGGUAAAACACAGGCCGAAGUCAAGGUCAUCGCAGACAAGGCCCAAGCGUUGAAAGACAGCAUUGCCGCUGACAAAGCCGUUGCCGAAGGAAAACUAAAAGAAGCUGAACCAGCGCUUCAAGCUGCCGAAAAAGCGUUGGAAACAAUCAAGCCAGCCCAUAUCGCCACUGUUAAGAAACUUGGAAAGCCGCCACAUUUGAUCAUGCGAAUCAUGGAUUGCGUACUCAUUUUAAUGGGUAGACGGCUCAAUCCAAUAACUGUCGAUGAAGAGAAAGGUGGAAUCAAGCCAUCUUGGUCAGAGUCAUUGAAGCUAAUGAAUGACUCAUCUUUCCUGAGCAUGUUGCUGGACUUCAACAAAGAUACUAUCACGGAUGAAAUGAUCGAUCUGCUUCAGCCGUAUUUCAAGGCAGAUGACUACAACUUGGAAAAUGCGAAGAAGGUAUCCGGAGAUGUUGCUGGUCUCUGUACGUGGACUCUUGCAAUGGCGGAUUUUUUUAAAAUCAACAAAGAAGUUCUUCCGCUUAAAGCAGCACUGGCGAUCCAAGAGGCCAAGCUAGGUAAGGCUGAAGAAGAACUAGCUGCAGCAAACGAGCAACUUGCUGGAGCAGAAGCAGCGCUGAAGAAAGCAAAUGACAAGUACGACGCAGCAAUGGGACACAAAAAGGCUCUAGAAGAUGAUGCUGCUGCUUGCCAGAAGAAAAUGGAUAACGCUUCCGCGCUUAUUGAAGGUCUCGGUGGUGAGAAAAUUGCCUGGGGGGAAGCAGAAUCGCAGUUCUCCGACCAAAUCAGAAGAUUGGUCGGAGAUGUUCUCCUUGCCAACGGCUUUUUGUCAUACUCUGGACCUUUCAACCAAGAAUUCCGAAAUAAACUGCUCGAUGGUUGGCGCAAAAAGUUGAAUUUCCACGACAUUCCUUUCACUGAAGAUCUCAAUCUCAUCAAAAUGCUAGUCGAUGAUCCAACCAUUGGCGAGUGGAACCUUCAAGGUCUUCCAUCGGACGAAUUAAGUAUCCAAAACGGUAUCAUUGUAACGAGCGCCACUCGAUUCCCACUACUCAUCGACCCUCAGGGUCAGGGUAAGAUCUGGAUUAAAAAUCGGGAGAAGGACAAUGAACUACGAAUUACAAAUCUCAACCAUAAAUAUUUCCGACAACAUCUCGAAGAUGCUCUUUCUCUCGGUCAGCCGCUGCUGAUCGAAGAUGUUGGCGAAGAAAUCGACCCGGCUCUUGACAAUGUUUUGGAAAAGAACUUUAUCAAAUCUGGUUCCACUCUCAAGCCAUGGGAAAUUGCCGAACAGUUCGGUGGUGACACUGAUAAAGUGCCAAAAGUCAUGCGGUGCAAAGUCGGCGACAAAGAAUGCGACGUGCUCCCAACAUUCCGACUUUAUCUCACGACAAAGCUUGCAAAUCCAAGUUAUACGCCGGAAAGAAAAUCCGAGCUAGAAACUGAGCGUGUUUCUCUUCUUGAAGAUGUCACAGCCAACAAACGCAAGAAACAAGAACUCGAAGAUAAUCUUCUCUACCGUUUGACGUCAACGCAGGGCUCGCUGGUUGAAGAUGAUGAUCUCAUCGAAGUGCUAAGAAUUUCAAAGAUCACUGCCGCUGAGGUCAAAGAAAAACUCGACAUUGCGGCGGAUACGGAAAUCAAAAUAAACAAUGCUCGGGAAGAGUACAGACCGGUGGCGUUCCGAGGCUCGAUCAUGUACUUUCUCAUCGUUGAAAUGUCACUCGUGAAUGUGAUGUACCAAACAUCGCUAAAGCAGUUCCUUGUCCAGUUCGACUACGCCCUAGAAAGAUCAAAAAAGAGUCCAAUUACUGGAAAGCGAAUCGCAAACAUAAUCGAGUAUUUGACCGAAAAAGUCUUUUUAUACACUGCAAGAGGAUUCUACGAGUCCGACAAAUUCCUAUACGCCCUUCUCUUGACUCUUAAAAUCGAUCUUAACCGAGGCAAAAUCUCAUUCGAGCAAUUCAACACCUUUAUCAAGGGUGGUGCUUCUCUGGACAUGAAUUCCGUCGAUCCCAAACCAAAGAAAUGGAUUCUCGAUUCGACCUGGCUCAACUUGGUUCAGCUUUCUCGACUUCCGAAUUUUUCACAACUCCUUAUACAAGUUACAAGAAACGACAAGGCUUGGAAAGCUUGGUUUGAUUCAGCGGAACCUGAGGAAACAACGCUUCCGGACGGAUACCAAGAAUCACUUGACAUCUUCUCAAAACUCUUGCUUAUCCGAUCCUGGGCGCCAGAUCGGACGACCGCUCAAGCGAGGAAAUACAUCACCGAUUCGAUGGGGCCAGUCUUCGCCGAUGCCGUUAUUUUGAGCAUGGAUAGUAUGCUAGCUGAAUCUGACAAGCGUAUACCUCUCCUGUGCUUCUUAUCUCUCGGUUCUGAUCCAACAGAGUCCAUUGAAAAACUCGCCAAACAAAACAACACCACCAGUCGGGCAAUUUCAAUGGGUCAAGGACAAGAAGUACACGCUCGCCGUCUUCUUACGACAAGUUUCGAAGAUGGCGGUUGGAUUUUGCUUCAGAACUGCCACUUGGGUUUAAAUUACAUGGACGAGCUUUUGGACCAAGUGACGACCAAUGCAAAUGUCCACGAAAAUUUCCGGUGCUGGAUCACCACCGAGCCGCAUCCAAAGUUCCCCAUUAAUUUGCUCCAGAACGCGAUCAAAUAUACAGCCGAGCCUCCACAGGGUCUCAGAGCUGGUCUUAAGCGAACUUAUAAUUUGGUCACGGCCGAAACUUUAGAAUUGUCAAACAUGCCUCAGUGGAAGCCAAUGCUAUUUACGACCGCCUUCUUGCAUUCGAUCGUUCAGGAGCGUCGAAAAUUCGGUCCUCUUGGCUGGAACAUCCCUUAUGAGUUCAACCAGUCCGACUACAACUCCGCCGUUCAAUAUGUUCAAAACCACCUAGACGACAUGGACAUCAAGAAAGGUCCGACUUGGAAGGCAGUUCAGUACAUGUUCGGGGAGAUCUUGUACGGAGGUCGAGUAACUGAUGAUUUGGACAAGAUUCUACUCAACACAUAUUGCUCUGCUUGGAUGGGCGACCACAUGCUCAAGCCAGAGUUCAAGUUCAAAGGCGAAUAUAUCGUCCCGCAGUGCAAGACCGUGGCCGAUUACCACACAUAUAUCGAUAAUCUGCCGCUGACAGACUCACCAGAAGUGUUCGGUCUUCACAAAAACGCAGACAUCACGUACCAAACAAACACUUCCAAUUCUACACUCAGCACAAUCGUCUCAAUUCAGCCGAAAGAGUCCGGCGGCGGAAGCGGUGAGUCACGUGAGGCAGCUGUUUACAGACAGGCGGACGAAAUGCUUGCAAAGAUUCCGACUGAUUUUUCCCCAUUUGAGGUCAAAGCGCGAUUGCAAAAAAUGGGCAAAAACGAUCCAAUGAACAUUUUCCUCCGCCAAGAAAUCGAUCGACUUCAACGAGUCAUUUCCUCUGUCCGAAUCACUUGCAGUGAAUUGAGACUUGCAAUAGACGGAACAAUCAUCAUGUCUGAACAGUUGCAAGACGCAUUGAAUCAAAUUUACGAUGCGCGGAUCCCAAAAGUUUGGGCAAAGAUUUCGUGGGAUUCGAGUUCGCUUGGUUUUUGGUUCACGGAACUUUUGGAUAGAUAUGCUCAGCUGUCGAGCUGGAUCUUUGAAAAAAGGCCGAAUUGCUUCUGGCUCACUGGUUUCUUCAAUCCUCAAGGAUUCCUCACUGCAAUGAGGCAAGAAACAACUCGAGCCCACAACGGCUGGGCUCUGGAUAAGGUCAAAUUGACAAACGACAUUACCAAAAUGAUGUUGGAAGAUGUAACGAGUCCUCCACCUGCUGAACUCGGCGGAGUUUACAUUCACGGCUUAUUCGUCGACGGCGCUGGCUGGGACAGAAAGAACAUGCGGCUCACGGAAUCUUCACCAAAGGUUCUGUACACAGCGUUACCAGUAGCGCAUGUCUACGCAAUUAACACCUCCGAGCCCCAGGCGGGUGUUGGAGGCAAAAAAGGCCAGCAAAACCGACUUGACGUUUAUUUUCUUUCUGAUGCUUCGAACAACAAAAAAUCCAGACUGGUGGACAUUACGAGAAAGCAAGCUGUUCAUGUGAAUGCUCCAAGAAGCCCGACCAUUCGUAAGGCCGUUGACGAUGCUGCCAGAGCCUCAGUCAAGAAAAUUGAGUACAAGAUUGACAAAGACCUCAACCAUUACAAGUCGCUGACAGUCCGUGGCCACAAUGUCUGCGUCAACAGAUUUGCUGAGUCUGUUUUUGGAAUCUUCAAGAAGGCUGAACUAGACAAGGCUUCAGCCACAACUGAAACAGUGAUUGAGCUAACGAUCGCAAGAAAGAACAACCUCGAAUUCUACUUGGAUAACUUGUCCGACUCCGAGAUCAAAUCACUUUGCCAGAAAAUUGAUGGAAAGAAAGCUUUUCAAAACUACCGUUUUGCAAGAAUCGCCACUCAGCUCAAGCUACAAGAAUUCGCCGCAAAACGCCGAGAAUCGAUUGCAAGGGAGAAAUCUGGAAAACAACUGAAAAAAGAAUUGAAGAAGGAAAACAAAACGCCUCUCAGAAAGCAAGCUGUUCAUGUGAAUGCUCCAAGAAGCCCGACCAUUCGUAAGGCCGUUGACGAUGCUGCCAGAGCCUCAGUCAAGAAAAUUGAGUACAAGAUUGACAAAGACCUCAACCAUUACAAGUCGCUGACAGUCCGUGGCCACUAUGUCUGCGUCAACAGAUUUGCUGAGUCUGUUUUUGGAAUCUUCAAGAAGGCUGAACUAGACAAGGCUUCAGCCACAACUGAAACAGUGAUUGAGCUAACGAUCGCAAGAAAGAACAACCUCGAAUUCUACUUGGAUAACUUGUCCGACUCCGAGAUCAAAUCACUUUGCCAGAAAAUUGAUGGAAAGAAAGCUUUUCAAAACUACCGUUUUGCAAGAAUCGCCACUCAGCUCAAGCUACAAGAAUUCGCCGCAAAACGCCGAGAAUCGAUUGCAAGGGAGAAAUCUGGAAAACAACUGAAAAAAGAAUUGAAGAAGGAAAACAAAACGCCUCUCAGAAAGCAAGCUGUUCAUGUGAAUGCUCCAAGAAGCCCGACCAUUCGUAAGGCCGUUGACGAUGCUGCCAGAGCCUCAGUCAAGAAAAUUGAGUACAAGAUUGACAAAGACCUCAACCAUUACAAGUCGCUGACAGUCCGUGGCCACUAUGUCUGCGUCAACAGAUUUGCUGAGUCUGUUUUUGGAAUCUUCAAGAAGGCUGAACUAGACAAGGCUUCAGCCACAACUGAAACAGUGAUUGAGCUAACGAUCGCAAGAAAGAACAACCUCGAAUUCUACUUGGAUAACUUGUCCGACUCCGAGAUCAAAUCACUUUGCCAGAAAAUUGAUGGAAAGAAAGCUUUUCAAAACUACCGUUUUGCAAGAAUCGCCACUCAGCUCAAGCUACAAGAAUUCGCCGCAAAACGCCGAGAAUCGAUUGCAAGGGAGAAAUCUGGAAAACAACUGAAAAAAGAAUUGAAGAAGGAAAACAAAACGCCUCUCAGGUCUUCGCUAACGAAAAGAAGAAAAAUCGCCAAAGAACUCUGA